AUGUUGUUCGCCGUCACUCUUACUCUUGCCGCUGCCGCUGCCGUCUCGGCAUCGCCCCUUGAGCCUAGGGCCAAAACGGCUGUGCUUCCCUUGAAGCACGUCGUCAAAGCCACUUCGAUCAAGAGCCUUGUCCAGAAGGGCCAGGCCCGCAUUCACAAGGUCAACGGCCAGGCCAGCACCUCCACUCACGUCUUUGUCAGCUCUGGCUCUGUCACUAACGAGGAUGUCUCCUAUGUCGCGCCUGUCGUCAUAGGAGGUAAAACCUGGGAGCUUAUUGUCGACACUGGAUCCUCCAACACUUGGUGCGGCGCCCAAAGUUCUUGCGAGCCAACAUCGACCGGCAAGUCCACGGGUGGCUCUGUCUCUGUUUCUUACGGCUCUGGUUCAUUCUCUGGCACCGAGUACAAGGACAAGGUCAGCUUUGGUGGUCUGAGCGUCGCGGCACAGUCGAUUGGUGCUGCUAGCACGGCUACCGGCUUCUCUGGUGUAGAUGGCAUUAUUGGCUUUGGACCCGUUGGUCUUACUGAGGGUACCGUCUCCAACGUCAACACAGUUCCAACCUUCUUGGGCAACCUCUACAGUCAGGGUUCGAUCUCAACUGAGGUCCUCGGUGUUUCUUUCCGACCUGAGUCUGGUAGCGACGAUGAUGACACCAACGGAGAGUUGACCCUUGGUGGCACCGACAGCUCCAAGUACUCCGGCUCCCUCACCUACUUCCCAACCCUCACUAGCGGCUCUGCUGCUGCGUACUGGGGUAUCUCUGUUGCUAGCUUCACCUAUGGAUCUACAACCCUCGCCUCAUCUGGCAGCGGCAUUGUCGACACUGGCACUACCCUCAUCUACAUCCCUACUACUGCCUACAACAAGUUCUUGAGUGCUGCUGGCGGCAAGACAGACAGCUCGUCUGGUCUAGCUGUUUUCACCACAAAGCCCACAUCCAACUUUGGUAUCAAGUUUGGGUCAACGACUUACACCCUUACGCCCGCGCAGUAUCUUGUUCCUACUGCCCAGUACAGCAACUUUGGCCUAACAUCCGGCAAGUACUACGCUUGGAUCAACGACGGAGGUAGCUCUGGUGUGAACACUAUCAUUGGACAGAAGUUCCUUGAGAACUACUACUCUGUCUAUGACACCACCAACUCCCGCAUCGGUUUCGCUACCGCUGUUUAA